AUGCAUUUCACCGAUGCCGAGGCGGUUGGCGUCAAGCAGUGGGUGGUGAAGAAAUUGGAAGAUAUCUCUGAUGCCGACUCCGAUGUACUCGCAGACUAUGUCCUAGCACUUGUCAGGACUGAUGCGCCAGAUGACGAGAACAAGAGGAACUCGGUUGAAAACCUCGAGGAUUUCUUGCGCGAACACACGCAACCAUUCGUCAAUGAACUCUUCACCACAUUCGGUCCCAAGGCAGCCCCUCCAACACCUCAGACCAAGCAGCCGAGCUCCAAUCCCGCCCAAAAUUUCACACCUUCACAAGUCCCCGCGAAUGCCCCAACUGGCCCGCGGGGAGUAGCUACUACUCCCGGUAGCGGCCGCAAACGAACAUUUAACGAUGGAUUCCAAGGCGAGCCGGAGCAGGAUAACGGUGCGUACCAGAACCGGGCCAUGAAGGCUCCUCGACGUGGUGCGCGCGGUGGUGGUCGCGGUGACUUUAUGGGUGGCCAUCAAAUGUUUGGAGUGCAACCUGGUCAACAAUAUGGGCAGCAGCAGUACCAACAACAAUACCCGCAGCAGCAGCAGCAGCAAGGAUUCCCCAUGAUGCCCGGGUUCCCGCAAUUCGACCCGAAUGAUCCUAUGGCGGCAGCUAUGAUGUCGAUGCAAGGAAUGCCAGGCAUGGGAUUCCCCCAAAUGCCUGGUAUGCCCAUGCCCGACAUAAACCAGCGCUGCCCAUUCUAUGAUACCCAGGGCAUUUGCUAUCUGGGAGACACCUGCCCUUACCAGCAUGGUGAGGCUGGUGCUUCAAACGAUGAUGAAUAUGACCCUAAGACUGCUGGUAUGCACGCGAGGGGCGGUGGUUACGGGCGUGGUGACCGAGGCCGUGGCCGUGGUCGCGGUGGGUUCGGCGCACGACGCGGCGGUCGAUCGGAGUUCUCCUCUGCUGGCCCCAACGAAGACCAGUCUGUGACGACGAUCGUGGUUGAGCAGAUCCCAGACGAACAUUUCAAUGAAGAAUCCGUCCGUGGAUUCUUCUCUGAGUUUGGCAACAUCGCCGAGGUCUCUCUGCAGCCAUCUAAGAAGCUUGCUCUGGUCAAAUAUGACACUUUCCCAGAGGCCAAGGCCGCGUGGUCUAGUCCCAAGGUCAUUUUCGACAACCGUUUCGUGAAGGUUUACUGGUACAAGCCGGAACAAGAAGCACCAGCCAGUAGCCUCCGAGCUGAGGCCCCAGCUUUCAACCCAGAGGAGUUCGAGAAGCAGCAACAAGAAGCCCAGAAGGCACACGAAGAAAAAAUGAAACAGCGCCAGGAGACUGAAGCCGCGAAGCAAGCUCUGGAGCGUCAACGCGACGAGCUUCUCAAGAAGCAGCAAGAAGAGCGAGCCCGUCUCAUGCAGAGACUUGGUGGAACAGACGCAAGCGCUGCCUCUGCGGACGCCAUGUCCGUCGAGCCCGCUGCCGACGAGAACGCCAGUGAAGAAACAAAGCAGUUGCGAGCCCAGCUCGCCGCCCUGGAGGCCGAGGCGAAGACAUUAGGCCUCGAUCCCGAAGCUGACCCUGCACGUGGCGGCUACCGAGGACGAGGUGGUUACCGCGGUCGAGGUGCAUUCCGCGGACGCGGUGGCUACGACCCCAACUUCCGCGGUGGAUUCCGUGGACGUGGUGCGUUUGGAGCUCGUGGCCGCGGAGGUGUUCUUCGUCUGGACAACCGUCCUCGCCGGGUUGCUGUCUCCGGCGUUGAACUUCAUUCGGAUAAGGAUGAGGCAUUGCGUCAACAUCUGAUGGGCGUCGGUGAAUACGAGUCUAUCGAAGCAAACCCCGACCAAGCCAACUCUGUUAUCGUGGCUUUCAAGGAGCGAUUCCAGGCAGAGAAGCUGAUGUUCUCCCCCUGGAACAUUCCCUCCGUGGGCGAUGUCCAACUUACUUGGGUGGCUAAUCCUCCUAUCUCCAUUCCUGCUCCUUCGGCCGAAGCCAAGACCCAGGACGAGCCGGAGGAUACAGUCAUGUCGUCUGCGUCGACGCCGGCGCCACAAGUGAAUGCUGCGCCCGCUCGUGAUAUGGAUUAUGACGUUGCCGAGGAUGACAACUGGGGUGCGCAGUAA